ACCUUCGUGACGUCAUGCGUCGCAAGUUGGGCGGAAGUUGCGCGAGCAGCAGGCUGUCACCGGAGCCGUUAGCCGCCUGCUGUCCUGAAAACAAGUGAAGUUUAACGAUUAUAGCAUCGACCAUAAGAUACUAAACCAGCUAACACGUCGGUAUGGACGAAGACGUGCUGACGACCCUGAAGCUGUUGAUUAUCGGCGAGAGUGGAGUGGGAAAAUCCAGGUUUGUCUGUGUUUACAGUGCUCUUGGUAGCUAGCCUGUUGUAGAUGUUGAUGUUGGUCUCGUUAUGUAACUUUAGUCUCAAGCAGCUGUUAGUACAGCGUGUUGGUUUAACUUUUUUUCUACAAUUAUAGGUAAGGUCUUCACUGAUAACAGGUUGGCAGAAAGGAUACUAACAACAUUAACUUAUUAAAGGCAGAGGCCAAACUUUCAAAGCUAUCAGUAGUUGUAGCUGCUAAAAGCUGAUGUACAGUCAGGUCUCAACGUAAACACUGUACAGCAGCUGUGUGUUUGAUCCUGUUACAGGCACAGAGACAGUCUGACUGAUAUGUCAGGACACUACAGAGGCCUCUUUGUGUACCCUUGUCGUGCUUAUUUCCAUACUCUCUUUAUGUCCCAUUACAGCCUCCUGCUGAGGUUCACAGAUGAUACUUUUGAUCCAGAGCAGACAGCAACAAUAGGUAAAUAAAGUAUACACUCAUGAAUAAACACUGUAAAGUUAAUGCAAAUAUCUAACAAAACUUGACACUGGAAAAUUCACAGACCCUGCUAUCUCUUGUUUUUCUGCCAACCAGGUGUGGAUUUCAAAGUAAAGACACUUGCAAUUGAUGGAAACACAGCAAAGCUCGCCAUAUGGGUAAGACUGAAGUCAUGAUCUAUUGUCUACUGUUAAUCUUUGUUAGCAGGAAAAACAUGAUGAGAAGCAGGAUCUCUCCACUAGAUGGAGACAUUAUGCAGGAAAAAAAAAUAGAAGGACACAAAACAGCUGAAAGUUUCUCUCAAGAGGCAGACAAAAGACAGGUCCCCGAGUCUGAUUCAUUGAAAGGACAACAUACACAGUGAGGCCAUGAUGGAAACCCAGACCCUGAACUCUCUGGACUUCAUCUGGUGUCUGUUGGGAGAAUGUCACUCUGUGCAGGGGGAUGCCAGGGCUCAAAAUAUAGAGACAGGUGGUUAAUUUUUUUAAGAUAAGUAAGUUUUUUGAUAAAGUGUUAUUUUUUUACUGCUAUUUGUAUUUUUGACAAAAUAAAUAAAUAAAUAAAAGUCAAUCUUAACCCAGCAAAUAAAACUACACGGUCACAUUUUAAUUUAGUAGUAAUUGUUUCCAAUUACACCCACAGUAAAUCAUGAUUUUAAUGUUUUUAUGAUACACAGUACGGAAAAUUUCCUCGAGGAAAGAUUAAAGAAAGUAGCAGACUGCCAAGAGUUUGAGUCCUCAGGAGAUAGCAAGUUUAAUAAUUUGAUUCGGAAAUACUUCAUUUACCUCAGGGGAAAUUCUAUUGUUACAGUUCCUGUACAACACAAAACAACAAUAUGAAUAGAGGACUAUUGUUCAGACUAAGAAUCGCAUAACAAAUGACUAAAAAGUGAUUGAAAGUUUGGUUUAAGGUUUAAUUGAAGUCCCUUGCUUUCAUUGAUCUUAUGUAUCUUUACUUCUUCAGGACACAGCUGGACAGGAAAGGUUUCGCACCCUGACGCCCAGCUAUUACCGCGGUGCACAGGGAGUCAUACUUGGUAAACAGUUGUUAUAAUAUCAUAAAACCACUUAACCUUUUUUAAUACCACACCAGAACAGUUUGUUUUUCAGGAAGAGUCAUUUUAUUACCAUAAACACUGAGCAGUUUAAUAUCACACAUUCAUUUUAAGGAUCCAGACAUAUUGCUAAUUUGGACAUCACAUUAAAAUUCAUCACACUCUAUCAAGAAGAAUUUCGACAUGAAUUAAAUGCUCAUGCUGUGAAUAAGCUAUCGGACAAUUCCAAUAUUCUGCAAAAGUUCCCAGUUCAACUCCAUAGUCUUAGAAAUCUCGUGUGUUCUUGACCUUUUUUAAUCUAUUAUCUCUGUUUCCAUGGUUUUGACAGUAUAUGACGUCACAAAGCGCGACACUUUCACAAAGCUCGAAAACUGGCUGAAUGAACUGGAAACCUAUACGACACGCAAUGAAAUUGUAAAAAUGCUCGUUGGGAAUAAAAUAGAUAAGGUGAGUCAUCUGUUUAGGUUCUUAACACUUUGUCACAAUUCAUCCGGCCUUAGUGUUGUUUCAGUUAGUUUUUUGGUCCUUCAUGAUUUUUCUUCUACAUGUAAAAUGAUAAAGGAUAUCUGUUUUUCAGGACGACCGUGAAGUGGACAGAAACGAAGGGCUGAAAUUUGCUAGGAAACACUCUAUGCUUUUUAUUGGUAAGUAUCCGUAUGAGAGUAAAAUCAGAUAGAAGGCUAUAUGACCGUCAUGGAGGUUUAAAACAGCAACAAGUAUACAAAAAAACAAAACCAAAACAGGCCUGCACACUUACCCAAUUCUGCAAAAAGUUCAUCUUCUCCUCAGAAGCUGGUUUUCCUGAGGAUGGGGGCCACACCAGAGCAGUUAUCACAACUGCAUUGUCUGGGUUGCAGCUCAGUUUGAACAGAAUUUCUAAUUCAGGGUGGAGUUUCCAUUUUCCUUCUUUAAUGGGGUUAGACCAGCAGAGAUAGUGUCAACUUGAGUGAAAGUUACAACUUCAGUUUUACUAGCUCUGAGUAGGUGCAAAGUCAAGGCAAUAAGGUAUAAGAGUCACCAAAGUAACAAACACCCCACUAGGAAGAGAACUUUUCACUGACUGGCCAAAUAGAGAGCGGCUGGUUUUUCUGGGAGCGUAUUUUGUUUUGUUUGGAAGUUCUGCUUUUCUGGUUAAGUUGAACCUGAUGUCUGCAUGGAGGAACCAAAGACACAAGCUAAGUUACACACUAACGUGUUUCAACACAUGGUUUGUAGAGGACUUUGGACCUCUGGAUUAAGACACAAUUAAACGGUGCUAAUAUCUGUUUAUACUGAAGGCAGAGAAGGAGAGAGUCACUAAUCAGUGAUUCAUAUUGACUUAUAAUUGGUGAGAGAGAGACACUCUACUUGGACAUGAAUGUUUGAUAGUUGGUCUAACUUGUGAGUCAAAUCCCUGUCUUUCACUGAAGUCCCCUCUAAUCCACCAACAGAGCCCCCUCUGUUACACAUUGAUCUAACUGUUGCUGAGCUAAAUAACACACUUGGGAUGAAGUGUUUGGCAACAAGCAAAGGUGUGUCCGGACAUUUUUGACAGGGGUGGCCCAGUCUCAGCGCCGACACUGCUGGCAUGAAAUGAAGCAUGUGAGCCCACUCACCAGUAAAAAAGCAUCUAUUAGAGAUACGCAGACUGAUUUUUUUUCCAAUUUCAUCUCUUCUUAAUGUUUCAUGAAAUUGGUAUGGCUUGCCAUCAUGGUCCCUAUCAGCUUAUGUGUUCCAAUCUCAAAGUAUCUGGGUAUGGCCUCCAGCUUUUGGAAAGAAAUGUGGUUGUUCGAAAUUUUGAAGCAUUGAGUAAGUGUGCAGGUCCAUCUUGAUUUUAUUGCAGCCAUUCAAACCAUUAGAGCGCUAAGUGAAGCUCAUAGCCAUGAAAACACACCAUUCAGUUCUAACAUGUCAUGCUGUCGUUGCUCCUCUGGAAAAAGUCAAGACAUCACUUAGUAAAUCGUGCAUUCAGUUUGUGUUUAUACUCUUUUGGCAAUUUUGAGUCUCUGCUGUCAGAUCUGAGCUCAAGGAUGCAGCCACUCCAGCAGAACUGAAUUAUGAUUAAAAUCAAGCAGGCUCUCAUUUAACAGAUCCAUGUCUACACGUGUUCCUGAUUCUCAUCUCCAAUCUGCUGCUCUCUGGGAAAUUAGGUUAACAUUUCUGUAGAGUUUCCAUUUUAGAUCGGCUAAAUGAAGGGCUUUUCAAUAGGGUCGGGCAUGAAAAUGUGGUGACUUUAAUCUGUUGUGAGGAUGUCUUCAUCCCACUUGAUGUCUGCCGUCUCUUAAAUGAAGACAUUUUAUACUUUAAAUGUCAUGUUUGUUACCACAUGGAUGUUUUAAAUCUCUUGUUAGUUCAACUUUGAAGAUGUUUGGAACAAAGAUGUUUUGUUCUUUUUUCAUCGGUGGAUGUCAUCAUUUUUGGUAAUCCUCUUUCUGUACUACAGAGGCCAGUGCAAAGACCAAAGAUGGUGUCCAGUGUGCCUUCGAGGAGCUGGUAGAGAAGAUCCUUCAGACUCCAGGGCUGUGGGAGAGUGAGAGCCAGGGUCCAAGGGUCCGCCUGGGAGAGCAGGAGCAGGGCGGGGGCAGGGCAUGUGGAGGAUACUGCUCCAUACCCUAAAAACGGACAGAACCAAAAAAAAAAAAAAAACACCAACCUGAGGAACGACUAAAGACCAGAAACAGAAAAGAGGGCGAGGGGUGGAGCUAGAUGGGUCUUUUUUUUAAAAGCUGGAUUAGUUCUGUUGGUCAAAAGGACUUUGCUGUUUGCACACUUCCUUUUCAACCAUCUCUUGUCACUACCUUGUAUUUAAGACAUGAACCAAGCAUCAUGAAGAAAAAGCCUCUCGUCUGAGAAAGUACAGCAUUUGAAUUUGACAAAAGCAUGCCAAGUGUACGUCAUACAAGUACGUGUCUGGUUUGAAUUCAUCAUGUUGGCAGCGGUUAUACUGUUGUACAUUAAGGCUUCAGGUUGAUAGCAUAUAGUGCCUAUAACAUGAACCAAUUUGUAGGCUAGAGUGCGUAGCUUGUCAAACAAAAUGAUCCAGUAUAAUCAGUGAAGAAGUCCCUUCAGGAAACUUAAGGGGGGGUAAAAUCAUCCUCUGGUAUGUAGCUGCAAAUUUUAAGUAUUAAUUCUUUAAAAGAUAUUUCUCCUUGCUUUCUUUCACAUGAAUUGGAUCGAUAAUAGUGCUGGAAUUGACCUGUUAUGUCAAGUGUGUCAGCUUCUAUUUAAAGUCUGUCAUUCUGCACCACAACACUGUGAAAAGCUCCUAAACGAGACAUUUCACACCGGACCCCAGUUACUGACUCCACUUAUUUCUUACUGUUUGCAAUAUUUGUUUAAAGGUUAUUUCCAUCACGUUCCAUGUAUGUAUAAAGGCUUUUGAGUCAACCUAUUUUCUGUUUAUUUUUCUUUCGUUACAUGUAAACAUCUGAGACGAGUAACAACCUCUGUCUUCAAGGAUUUUCAGCUACCGAACCUGUGUUUGUUUUCUUUGAAUGUCUGCUCUGGACCAUAGCCGCUAUAGAUGGCAGGUUUAUAGUAUUAGGAGCUCUUUAAGGUCUUGACCUGUAACUUUGACUUCUCAUCUAUUUGACAGUUUCUGUGUGGUGUGGUCUAGUCGUGUAUAAGAGCUGCUGAUUGAAGGCAUUUUUCACACGUAGUAGUUUGAGAUCAUUCCUGUAUUGUUCAUAUUUGUCUGUAUUCCUUUUCUGUCUUUCCGCCACGUUGACCUUUUCCCCCCUUAAUGUCAUAACUUGUUGCUUUUGCUUUGCAUCUGUUUGAAUCAUAAGAAGCAAUAUGUUAAAUUGCCUUAACAUUAACAGACAUUCAAUAGGGUUAUGGUUCAGUGACGCGUGUAAGGUUUCAAACUGAAAUAAAUGACAACCCUGAGAUGACUAA